AUGGGGGCCACCAACAUCCAGGAUGCGAAGAUCCUCAUCCAAUCUUCGCGUGUGGCUGACCGCAUCAACGGUGUUCAAGACUUGGUCCAUAUCUUGAAGCACAACCGCGGAAAGCCCAGUCUCGAGGCGCUCGGGAACAAAGCCUACCUUGCUCUUUGCGAAUCGCUUUUCCAAUGUAUUCGCGAAGAGCGAUCGCAUUUCUUGCGCAACGGUAUCAAGCCGAAGUCGCCCAGGACGCCCCAUUUUCCUCGCUCAGCUGCAGCCUUGCGCCUUGUUGUUGCUUCUGGCGUGCGCACCAUCAAAAGCUCCACUGUGGAAAUCAUUAUAGACACUAUAAUUGAGCUCCUACCUGGCAAGAAUGGUUUAGUUGAGCCACUCGUCAAGGACUUUCCCAAAAUACUGCGUUCGCUACUCGAGUAUCAGCCACAUGUCGAACGGCUUUCUAAAGAUCAUUGGGAUGCUGCAGUCAGUUUCUGCAUAAAUUGCUUAGCCAGCGUCUCAGUCGAGGCCGAAGGUGAGCCCAAGGACAGCUGGAGCACUAAUGUCUCUAGUCGGGCCCGAACUCCCCUUGAGUCUACGGACUUGACGUCUUCGUGGGCGAGCCCUCGGCAGCCUGUAGCCAGGACCAAGUCAGUGCCCGAGGCUGUCGGCCAAUUGACAGAAGACUUUAUGCAAUGCUUAUACUCCCUUGUCAAAGCCUCCAAUGCGCCUUUGUUGGACAAGGCUGACCACAAUCUGGCCGUGUUGCAGCAGUAUUUGCAGCAAAGGACUGGCCGUGAUAGUGCUGCUGUUGCUGCACUUGCUGCAAUAAACUCAGUUAUCGCUCGCAUCUCCACACAGUCCCUUGAGCUUACGAAACGUACUGUGCAAGACCUCCUCCCUCUGAUGAAGUCUAUGUGGUCUGAAACUAUGCUGCGCCAGGAGAUUAUGAUCUUUCUAAUCUACACUGAAACUCACAUCUCAGCGCUUCUCACUGACAUAGAUAACGAAGAAUUUAGCCUAGAACUUGAGGCGCUCGUCGCCACAAUUUAUGGCGAUUACAGGCGGCGGCAAGAGACCACGCCACUCCAAUUCCUCGAAGAGGAUUACAUUUGCUUCCGGCAUUUGGGACCGGCUGAAAAAGAUACUCAUCCACUCAACACUUGUGCAUUCUCCAUGGAGAUCGGAAAUCAAACCUAUGAGAUGUUAUGGGCGAUUGUCUCAACAGUGGCACGGUUCUCAUUUCUCCUUGACAGGCGAAGGCGGCAAAUGAGCCAUGAGCGUAGUAGUUUAGGACAAAGUAUGAGCAAGCGUCUUUGCGUCACGUCGAUGUUUCCCGAAUAUCUUCGCCAUGUGUUCGAACCUCGAUCAAACGCCAAGAGAGCAGCGUUGCAAGUCAUUGCUUUCAUGGUUCAAGAAGGUCCUAUUGACGAGGAUGACCUUCAGACAAUGCUGGAAAAGCUCACUACUUGUAUAACUGACGAAAAUCCUGUACAUUCGGUGUGGGCAAUGAUAGGUUUGGCUGGCGCUGCCCUUCAACCAUAUGCGAGAGACGAUUCACUAAAAUCCUAUUGGAUUUCUGCUUGGCAAGGCGCUUCUCGCGCUGUGACAUCCAUCUCCAAUUCUCGUGCCGCUUCCCAUCUCAUGGACGUACUUCUCCGCCUGCAGAUUGUUCCUUUCUCAGCAAUUUCACAGACAGUGCAAUCGAUGCUCUUGUCCAUUGAGCUGAGUGGCCCUGCACUGCUUACAGAAGCCAGCUCUUCCUUUCUAACCACAUUAAUUCGGGGAAGAAUCACAGAAAACCCAACAAACUUUAAUUUCACGGCAGAAAGAAUUUUAAUUUGGACACUGAGCAAAUGGACUCCUGGUCUCUGGUCUGAUAGAGCGUAUGCGGCCAUGAAUGCACACCAUUGCAACGCUCGCGAUGUUUUACGUGUUCUUCACGCUUGUAUGGAUAGGCCUUUUGGAGCUACUAAAGCAGCACCUUUCUCAGUGUUGGGACCCAUCGCGCAAGCAAGAAAACGAGCUGCGCUCAAUGACCAACUUGCACGUUACCUGCUACUCCUAGAUGAUCAGGACAAGACUGGAUUUGGGCAGACGAUCGAGGCACAUGUUUCUCUUCACGAAUCGACCAAUGACCGCCAUUUGACGCCGUUGGAGAACAAAAUCAUCGAUUACUGCCAGUCUGAAGUUGAGAAGGCAACACAUCAUUGGAAUGAGACAACCUCUACCAAUGUGCAAGGCAUCACACCUGACAUGCUACGCAUUAUGACGAAUUUGUGCAUUGUUGCGCCCGCGAUUUCCACUAUCGGAACCUUCGAAGAUCGCCGUGUUGCUGCAUUACAAUCAUCAGUACUUGGAUUAGUAGAAUGUUUCACCACUGCCUUGUCUAAACCUCAUAUCGAGCAAUACAAAAUCGAUGCAGUGAUCGAAGAAUGUGCGAAAAGUCUUCCAGACAUCCGUGGGCUCACCCAAAUUACACCACGGGUAUUUCAACAAGCGGGUGUCCACCUACUGUCUCAAAAUCUUCCAAAAGCAGUAGGGAACCAUAGGGAUGUUAAGCAAUCCAUCUACAGCGAGGAUAAUGAUUUCAUGGAUAUGGAGGACGAUGCCGAUUCACAAAUGACCGCGGGCUUCAGUGCGGCAGAGCUCCAAGUCCCUCGACAUGAUGUGUAUGCGGAGCAUGACAUAUCGGCUAUGCGGGCUUCAUGUUCAGCUUACCUGCAUCUCAUUUCUUCAAUGAGCGGCAUAACAGGAUCAGGGACGCGCAUCCUGCCCUCAGAGUUUGUGAAUUACCUGACCGGCCUGCAUGAGAACGAACUACUGCGUGCGCGACCUUUUGUGCGCACGAUCUGGGAUAGUGGGUUCGAGAUUUCGCGGACUGACUGUCUGAACCUCUUGGAGCGCUUCAGCGAAGCACUCAUCGAUCCCCGUGCUCGGGAGUACAAUACGUCGGAAGUUGCCAACGGAAUGCUAUUGGAGGUUUUAGUGGGCACAACACUCAUAUGGAUCCCUGAUACAACCGACCGAGAAGCUCAGGACCUAUAUGAGAACGUCGAGGCUCUCUAUGCUUAUUACGUCAAAGAAAUGGAAAUGGGGGGAGUAAGACAAUCCGCCGACCUGCAAAAGAUAAUCGCAAUGUUCUUACACGGUUUGCUCAAGCAUCACCCGACCUUCGCUCAAAAUCGCAAGAUGCCAUCAGUGCGGACUAGCCUAUUCGAACUCCUCUCACGAGGUGAAAUGACCGUCAAGUAUCAUAUCGCGCAGCACCUGCCGCACAUGUUUGAAGACUUUGUUCUUUCGGAACAUGAAAAAAUUCUACAAGAUGUUGACAGUAGUUUGCCUGGGGAUGAGGAAGGCAUCGAAGGCAUCGCGGUGCGACUUCUCGUUCUAUCUAGACUGGCAUCGCAGUGGCACACACUACUUCGUCAAAGUAUCUACCGCAUCUUUGCUACUGCUGGGUCAGUCAAAGGGGCAGUCGGUCACGCUAAACGAUGCAUCUCCAUAGUCGCACAUGCCAGAACCCUAGAUGACUCCCAGAGCCUUUUCCGCCUGUUCGCGCCUCAGGUCAUAUUCACCUGGUUGGACCGAGAUCGCACAUUUGCCCAAAUACCAUAUCAUAUAUUUGGAUAUACCAGCCUCAUUGAGCUCCUGCGAGAUAUCGAAGCCGAAGCAGUGAGUCAAGCGAUGAUGUUCGGGCGAAAGCUGGAGGUUGAAUACUUGGCCACACAACUGGGCUCCUCCCCUCCAGAUGUUUUGUCAAAAAAUAUUGGCAAAGCAGCGGCUUACACUAUAGCGUGGGACACUUGUCGAGGCUUUGCUCGUAACAAGGCAGAGCCAAGCUUUGCGAAUUUGCUCAAGGAUAUGAUUGGAAGUAACCGCUAUUAUGAACUUAUCCAGAAGCAUUUUCCUCAGGUACUCGGUCAUGUGUUCCAGACCAUGGGUCAAGAAGAGCGCGUCAUCAAACCACUGGACAAGAAGACGCCCUUCAAUGCUGCGUCAAGACGUAUUACUGAGAUGAUUGACAUCUGCCAUUCAGCUCAAGGCAUGAAUAUGGGGAUCGAGCCAUCUUUUUCUGCGUACUAUUUGACGGAUCAACUAGAGCGCCUAUGUAGACGUACUGGUGAUAAUCCGGCCAGCUUCUGGACUGCCAGCAAUUACACCUUCGUAAUGCGCUCUCUGCUUGACCGAAUUCACCCAGCGCUUGGAUCACUCUUUGCUCGGUCGAUGAUCCGCAAAAUUAGAAUCGUCGUGGCGCUCGCGGGAUCGAUCGCACAUGAAGGAUAUCCAUUGCAGAUGACUCUUCAGUCAUUGCGUCCUUUCCUUACAGAUCUACAAUGUGCCGAGGAUACGGUAGGUAUAAUGCAGUAUCUAUUUGAUCAUGGUUCUACGUACCUCCGACAACAUCUCAGCUUUGUUACGGGCAUCGGCCUCUCGAUCCUUAUUUCCUUACGAGUAUUUCUGGGCUCCACACAGGACAGCACUACGCAACAAUCACAGCAUUUGGCUACUAUGAAUGCCGCAACGCGUUUCCAUUCCUGGCUCACUGAAUAUCUGAAAGUCCACGCACAAGCUGUCACCAGUCUCGAACGAUCGUCUACCGUCAAAGCCUUCAAAUCGAUCACCAUUGCCGCGUCAAAAGUUCAUGCAGAGGGCAAUUCUUUCAAGGGAAGCGAAGAAAGUACCUUGCUCCUAGAGAUUCUGGAUGACGUCAAAUCCGGUCGAAAGCUCCUAAACAAGACUUCGCGUGAUGUUGCCUUAGACCUGUUGUGCCAGAACUUUAAACCGGCUUCCACUGCUCGUGACGAUGUUCUCGGUCUUAAUCAUGAUGCUGCUGCGUAUGCACCUCUUGUCUGGGAGUCAUGUCAAAGGACGAGUGUUGGUGAUGGCUAUCUUCUCUGGACAGCCAGAGUACUCGGUCGCGCUUUCAGUGCAUAUGGACAUGUUAAUCGUGGCGCCACCCAGACUCUUCCAUGGACGUCCUCUACUCGCUCAUCUAAAGAUUCACUCGGAAAAGGCUCACGAGAGGCUAUUAUCCGGGAAGUCCUCGACCUCUUCUACAGUGAUAGCCGUGGCGAAGUAAGCAUAGCAGAGGGUACUAUCCGACAACUGAUCUCUCGUCUUUCUGGCGCGGAUCCGCACUACAUAUCAGAGAUGCAUCGAGCCAUACCAGACGCCAUCGGAAAAGCUCUCGGCCUUUACAUGCCGGAGGAAUCUACCCCAUCAAUAUCCACAAUCACAGAAACUCUCGCUCAAGCUGCCAUUCCUGAAAGAGCAAAGCCAGUAGCUGCAUGGGUUAAGGACCUAGCCGUGUCCCUGUGCAAGGUCACUGCUGAAGAUCCAAUUCUGAGUGUGUUACCAGACAUGCUUUCAAGUAAUGAUCACAUGGCAGAGAAACUUUUGCCUUAUAUACUUCAUCUUGUUCUACUUGAUGAGUUCGAUGGUGAGCAGUCCGUCCGCGAUGUGAUAUCGCAGGCAAUGGCCACGUGGUUCAGCAACUGCGAAAAGACCACCAUAACCCACGUACGCAUCCUUAUUCAAGCCAUACUUUAUCUUCGAAGUCAACCGAUACCAAAAGAAGUCACGAGAGUUGAUCGAGAUCGUUGGCUAGAGAUUGACUAUCUGAAGGCAUCGCAGGCGGCAAACACGUGUGGGAUGUAUCGCAGUGCACUGUUAUUUGCAGAAACUUCGUCCGGUCAGCCGAUCAUUAAGAGCAGUACAAGACGGUCGUCGGUCAUGAUAGAGCCUCCAAAGAUUCCCUUGGCACUUCAGUUGUCCAUCUACAAAAAUCUGGACGAGCCGGAUUCCUUCUAUGGUAUUGAUAGAGGUUCAAAUCUUUCAUCUGUUCUGGACCGCCUUGAUUACGAAGGAGACGGUAUCAAAAGCUUACUCUUUAGAGGCGCCCGGCUUGAUAGUCAGAUGCGCCGUAACAACGAGUUCGAAACAGAGGACACGAGAGGGACCGUGAAGUCCCUCAUUAUGCUAAACAUGAACAGUGUCACGCAUUCUCUAUUGUCAAACGACCAGUUCGGGGACAUGGGAGAUGAUGUCGUGGAGAGCACACUUCACACAGCACGCAAAUUGGGUCAAUGGGACGUCAAAGCGCCCGAGAUGAAUCAUACUGAGUCCAGCACACUCUUCAAGGCAUUCCAGGGACUCCAUUUCGCGAAAAGCGCAGUCGAAGCCAGGGAGAAUUUCGAUCGGCAGCUUCAAGCUACUAUGAGCUUUCUAGCAGGAAAGAAUAGAUCCUCAGUGCCACACAAAGUCCGAUUACGAACACUAGCAGCUUUAACAGAAGCCAGCGAGGUUAUCCAAGCCGAGCGUUCCGAGCAUCUGCUUGACACCUGGGACCACAUGAAAGCUCGUGAAAAGUGGAUGCGUGCGGGAGAAUUCCAGGACGUACGUCAGCUCCUGUCAUGUCGUGAGACACUGUUCAAUGUGCUUGCCUCGAAUACGGCCCUUGUCGAAUCGUUGCACGCAAGAACAGCUACUUUGCGUGGUAUGGAAGUGGAAGCCCUACUAUCUUCUUCUACAAUAAGCCGAAGGCAUGGUGCCUUGCAGGAGUCACUAGCAAGUGUGACAUAUUUGUCAGAUAUUGUGCCGCAAUGCAAGUCUGUGGGUCUAGACAUCGAAGCCAUCGCACAGCACGAGGUAGCGAAUGUUUUGUGGGAUCAAGGGGAAACUGAAAUCUCGAUUCGCAUGCGCCAACACUUGAUAGAUCAUGCAGACUUCGAUUCCCAGAACAUAGACCUGAGCCUACCGGUAUUACUGGCGAAACUGGGCCAUCAUCUUGCAGAAGCACGUCUUGCUAAGCCUGACGACAUCAUGCAAAACUAUCUUGAACCAGCGAUUCGAGAACUCAAGGGCCAGAAGCAAGGCGCAGGACCUGGUCAGGUAUUCCAUGAGUUCGCACUCUUCUGCGACAAACAACUUCAGAGUCCAGAAGCUGCCGAGGAUAUGCAGCGCAUCAAGACUGUCAUGGAUCGAAAACUGCAAGAAUACCAUGAGUUCAAGAGGUUGUCCGCCACUGAGAAAAGCAAGAGCAUGCGUGAAACCUACUAUCGGAAUGCGCGGCGAGCAAAGACCUGGUAUGAUCUCGACAACGCAGACUACGAAAGGUUGCGCAAAGGCAGAGAGCAGUUCUUGAGACAGUGCCUCGAAAACUAUCUCCUGUCGCUGAUCGCAAGUGACGAAUACAGUAACGAUGCGCUUAGGGUCUUCGCUCUGUGGCUGGAGUAUUCUGAUACAGAGCUGGCCAAUGCAGCUAUGCAAUUAUACCUCAAAGAUGUGCCAAGCGGAAAGUUUGCUUUGCUCAUGAACCAGCUCUCUUCUCGACUGCAAGCUGAAGAGAGCUCCUUUCAACACCUUCUCAUGGACUUGGUGUUCCGCAUCUGCUUAGAACAUCCCUACCACGGCAUGCACCAGAUCUUUGCGAUACAAAUGAAAGUUGGUGCAAUUACAAGAGAAGACAUUGUACGAGCCAAGGACGAGUCUGCACGAUCUCGCCAGAAAGCAGCGUCGAGUCUUGCAAAAGCUCUUAGUGCGGAUUCGAGAUCACGGUCAUACUGGAGUUCUAUAUUCCAGUCGAAUGAAAUUUACCAUCACCUCGCCAUGUUCAAGGGCGAGAAGGAGACUUCUCAACAGGGCCGAGAGCUGCCGCUUGAUAGAUACAAGGAGUCGAAGGAGUUGGUUAACAAAAUUCCCAAGUUGAAUGUGCCACCAGCGACGCUACAGAUCGAGGUCAGGCCAAAUAUGAACUACACCGAUCUACCAAGGAUCGCGUCUUUCAAGCCAACCAUGAGUAUAGCAAACGGGUUAAGUGCGCCGAAGGUUAUUACGGCCAAGGGUACUGAUGGGAAACCCUACAAACAGCUAUUCAAAUCCGGCAACGACGACCUUCGACAAGACGCCAUCAUGGAACAAGUCUUUGACCAAGUCUCGCGCCUACUCAAAAACCACACGGCAACACGCAUCCGCAACCUCGGUAUCCGUACUUACAAAGUGCUGCCCCUGUCCACACGCUCCGGUCUCAUGGAGUUUGUUCAAAAUACUAUACCGCUCCAUCUCUGGGUCAUGCCCGCGCACGAGAGAUACUACCCCAAUGACUACAAGCCUGACCGUUGUAGGAAAGAGAUUGGCGCCUGCCAACAAGACUCCCUCACCACACGUGUCAAAGUCUGGCAAAAGAUUGCAGACAAUUUUCACCCUGUUAUGCGCUACUUUCUUCUUGAACGCUUCGAAGACCCGGAUGAAUGGUUUGAGCGCCGUCUGGCGUACACUCGUUCUACAGCUGCUAUUUCCAUUCUUGGACACGUGCUCGGCUUGGGCGACCGACAUUGCCACAAUAUCCUUCUCGAUGAGAAGUCUGGCGAAGUCGUGCACAUUGACUUGGGGGUGAGUUUUGAAGCGGGCCGUGUGUUACCAGUACCAGAGGUGGUGCCUUUUCGACUGACAAGGGAUCUGGUGGAUGCAAUGGGAUACACGAAAACAGAGGGUGUUUUCCGCCGGUGCUGCGAAUUUACCAUGGAUACCUUGCGCGAGGAACGCGAGUCCAUCAUGACACUCCUCAACGUCCUCCGUUACGAUCCCUUGGUCAAUUGGAGCGUCACACCGACAAAGGCGAAACGCAUGCAAGAAAACCAGCAGGAUACCAGUAACGGCAACAACCAAAAUAACACAUCGAGAUCUGGACCGGUAGGACCAGGAGUCACCCCAGCUCCCACGCCGUCAGGCCAACCAGCGGAAGAAGUCACCGUGCAGGAUAGCCUGAAAAAGAAGGAGAGGGAGGAGCAGGCGGGUGAGGCGGGGAGAGCGCUCAGUGUGGUGGAGAAGAAACUGAGUAAGACGUUGAGUACGAAGGCGACGGUGAAUGAGUUGAUACAGCAGGCGACUGAUGAGAGAAAUUUGGCGGUGUUGUAUAUGGGAUGGGCUAGUUAUGCUUCAGCCCGGCUAUGCUGUUUGGCCCCAGUGAAAUUAAUAUGCGCGAACGGGUUCGGUUGUCAAUGGGGCAACCGGUUCAAUCUUGCCGUGUCGAUAACGAUAUCGCUUACAUUUGCGGGGAUAGGCAAAGGUCGUCAAUACGAUGCUGAGAGUUCUGCUAGUACAUGUACAAGCAAGAACAACUCGGGGAGAAAGGACAUUGGUAUGCAAGGAGUGAAUUGA